AUGGAGCCUCGACGGCACGCCCCCCUCAGACAACCUUUCCGUCUACCACCAUCCUCGAACGCAACCUCAAGCUUCCAAAGCCACCUCAAGCUCUCGCUCAACCCCACGGCUCCCCUCCCCGAAGCAGCUUCGACCGCCUCCAUCGCGUCGUCUUCCGCGAUCGUCCCUGGUAUCUCGAACGCGGCGCUGUUUAUUCUUCUGGCGAUCCUCGUCAUCGUGUCUCUCGGUAUCUGGUCCUGGAUCCUCGUGUCCUACGUCCCUUCCUGUCUCUCUCGGCGUGCCGAUCACGAAGAACAGCGCGUACGUGCAGAAGCAUCGCUAUGGGCUGCUCUUCUGUCGGCACUCCCCAUCGCAGCAUUCCCCUCUGCUGACGAGGAGAACGGGACACUUACGGCCAUUGAUGUAAAUUUAUCCUCGAAAGAAGUCCCGUCGAUGUCCGAUGUUGAGGAGCGCCAGCAAGUCCUCGCUCUGUCGUCUUCGACAUCGCCUAUCGCGGGCGUCUGGUCUGAAACUACAGCAGUUUCCUCUCCCCCUGAGGAGUCUGGAAACUCUGCAGAGAAUGAAAUCACCCUGGCUCCGAAUGAAGCUCGAUUGUGUAUCAGUACAGAAGCUCAUGCGCAGGAUAAGUCUUCCUCGCUUCCGGCUCUGUCUUUAACCGUUCCUCCACCGCCUCACAACCUCCAUCCAUCCUUGCCUGCAUCUACACCCAUCGCGCCAUCUCCGACUUCCCCGCUCUCUGUAGUCAUCCCCCAAGAUAUGCCUCACCCACUCGCUCUAGCAGAUGCGGCUGGCUCCACAUCAAUGUCGUCUUCUCGACCAUCAUAUUAUCGCGACAACCUCCCAAAUGAACGGGACGACCAUCCGCACAACACUCACCACUACGGCGAACUAAGACCCGCAGGCUCAUAUACCAACCCGACAAUGAACUCGCAAACUGAUAGCGCGCCCACCAUGCUUGAAUGGACCUCCGGUAACGUGGAUCUCGAGGACGUGACGGUCCCAUCCAGCCCCUCUCUCCAUCACACCACGUCCAUGGACGAGACAUUGUCUUCGUUCACCGAGGAUCUCCCAGCCAAGUGCAGCAAGACGUCCACUUGCCACGACGAUGCCGACUGCGGCGUGAUCAUCCCAUCCCCUUCAUCGCUCUCGGAGUCUAUCUCGUGGGACCCAGAGCUUUCUCGCUCGAUCCAAUGCCUCGGGCUUUGGAUUGAGCAACAACAAGCUGCUAAGCAGAGCGGGGAGUCUACCCCAGAAGAUGUGAAGACGAUUGGCCUUAGCAUCAGGUCAGCUUAUGACGAUGGCGCGAAACGCCACCAGGAUGCUGCCGACGGAGAAGAUGGACAGCUCCAGCAAUACUCUAAACCUCUGCUCGAGGGAAGCUAUUACUCUCUGCCAGCCAUCAAGCCAUACGUGGCUUACAACGACACCCUUUAUUCGCUUUCCACGGAUUCGAUCGACGAGGACGAGGAGGCUAUCCCGCGCGGCAAUGCAAUCUCCACUCUCAUCAACCAUCUGUACGCCGGCGAGCCUACGUGGAGUUCGGCCGCGAAGACCUUCGGUCCUGUCAUCGUCGUUGACGAAUGCGAGUCUGCCGCUGAUUGGAGCGUGUCUGAUGACUCGAUUUGCUUUUCUCCUAUGACCCCCGAAGGAUUGGAGUACCUCUCCGAGCUGGUGCUAAUAAGUCAGAUGGAACGGCAACCUUUCUGA